UCAACUCCAUCUAAACACGCUCCUCUCUCACAUCGCAGUUAGCCCAGUACAGGCUGCUGGUCUGGAUACUUCAAGUCAGAUGGUUUUGACACAAGUAAUCAAUUGUGUCUGUCUCCGCUGCGUAUUUAGGUUUGCGUUUACAAGAAAGCAGAAUAUUUCACAGCUUUUUGCCUUUGGUUGGAUUUUGUGCUUCAGCGCAAAUCUACAAAUUAAUGUCCCAUAUGGAUAUUUAUUCGUCGAAGUUAUCACCUGCAGUGGAUUUCGCAGCCGGUGCUUUCCUGCUCGUUAUAGCUGUAUUGUCCAUCGUGGGGAACUUGCUGGUGCUCAUUAUAGCAUUUAAGCACUCAUCUCACAUGAAGCCCCCGGAGCUGCUGAGUGUCAACCUGGCGGUGACAGACCUGGGAGCUGCUGUCGCCAUGUACCCUCUGGCUGUGGCCUCGGCCUGGAACCACCACUGGCUGGGAGGAGACACCACAUGCAUCUACUACGGCCUGGUAGGCUUCUUCUUUGGCACGGCCAGCAUAAUGACCCUGACCGUGAUGGCUGUGGUGCGCUUCGUUGUCUCCCUCAGCCUCCAGUCUCCCAAGGAGAAGAUCAGCCGGAGGAACGUGAAGCUGCUGUGUUUGUGGACGUGGCUCUACGCCUUGCUGUGGGCCUGCUUCCCUCUCCUGGGCUGGGGCCGGUACGGUCCGGAGUCCUUCGGCCUUUCCUGCACCCUGGCCUGGGGAGAGAUGAAGGAACAAGGCUUCUCCUUCGUCAUCUCCGUCUUCUCCUUCAACUUGCUGGGGCCCUCCUUCAUCAUCCUCUGCUGCUACUUUGGCAUCGCCUUGAAGCUGUACAUUACCUACAAGUCCCUCGACAACAUCAACCAGAUCCCCAACAUCGUCAAGAUGCACCGCCGCCUUCUCAUAAUAGCGGUCCUGAUCAGCCUGGGCUUCAUCUUAUCAUGGGCUCCAUAUGGUAUGGUGAGCCUGGUGUCUGUCAUCAGGGGCAGUGAGUUCAUCACCCCAGAGGUGGCCAUGCUGCCCUGCCUGUUCGCCAAGUCCUCCACUUUUUACAACCCCCUGAUCUACUAUAUCUUCAGCAAGACCUUCAAGCAGGAGGUGAAGCAGCUGUGUGGUAGAUCCAAUGCAUGCCGCGCCUCCAGCACCAGGAACAACAUCACGGACAACGACAUCUACCUGGUGUGUGACGGCAGCCGGACAGAGAAGGAGGAGAAGGUGGUGGCCACGGUGGUUGGGAGGACCACUGAGGAUAAGUUGUCCACUGGGAAGAGCCGGGAGAUGGAGACCAGGUUAAACUCCUCCGACAGCCAAUAGGAAGGCCUAGGGAGGGGGGGGGGCGAUCGCCCAAUAUCCGUGAGCGUCGGUGAUGAGAUGAGGUUUCACAGGUAGCUGAAUUGACUAAAUCUUUUAGAGACAAUGGUGAAUUUUUAUGGUCAUUUAGACCCUGACUGGAUGAGGAUUGAUAGAUUGUCAUGAGAAAGUACAUCAUAUAGUAUAUAAUUUUAAACGGCUGUGCCAUCAACGAGCUAAGACCAAUAUCUAUGAUUUUAUUGUUAUAAGCCUGAAUCAAUUGCUGUUGGCAUGAAAAUAUAUUUUACAUAAAGACAUAAAUUAUACUUUAAUAAGCACAACUGGUGUGUGCAACAUAAUUUGCAUGGUAAUAUAAAAUCCUCUAUUGAAGGUUCAAUUAAAGAGGGCGUGUUUGCACUACUGUAUCUUUAACUUCAUUGAUGUAAGUGAAAAAUGGCAACCAAUGAGAGGAUUUCUGGAUUGGUUCCCAAGCCAAUUGGCUGCCAAGGUGAAGAGGAUUGACAAUAUACUACAGUAUAGCCAAUAGGGAAUCAUAGACAGUAUAAGGUUUGAAUGGACGGAGCGUACAGUAGGUGGGCUGUUUUCUUUAGAGAAACACAGCUGUCAUUGAUCAAUGCAGAGGAAGGAAGUGACCGUAUUCCCAUGGAGGAGAGGAUGGAUGGAGACACUUAGGCUGGGUCCACCCUAUCCCCUAUGUAGAGCCAUAUGGGCCCUGC